UUGCAGCUACAUCAUGCUGAUGACAGCUUCCUGGUCCUCACCACAGAUGGAAUUAACUUCAUGGUGAAUAGUCAAGAGAUUUGUGACUUUGUCAAUCAGUGCCACGAUCCCAAUGAAGCAGCCCACGCAGUGACUGAACAGGCAAUACAGUACGGUACUGAAGAUAAUAGUACUGCAGUAGUAGUGCCUUUUGGUGCCUGGGGAAAAUAUAAGAACUCUGAAAUCAACUUCUCAUUCAGCAGAAGCUUUGCCUCCAGUGGACGAUGGGCCUGAUUACCAGCUGGGACUUUGAGUUUCUGUGCAAAAGUUUUUCACUGAGCAUGUCAAGAAACUGAUGAGAUCAGAAAAGUCUCCUGUAUCUGGGUGACCCUGUGACUCACUAGAUCAGUGCACAAGUCAGUGUAAACUUAACCACUUAGUUUUCUUCAUAAAUACUCAUCAUAUUUGUGUUCAGCUGUGGGUGCUCCGUGUAAAUAUGUGUGUAGUGAUGCUACUGUGAGUCUUUAAAUUGAAAGCGCAAAUAAGAAGUGGUUUGGAUACACUUGAUGAGAGAUGAGAGUGUUGCAUUAAUAAUUUUUAAGACUCUUAGGCAGCUAUGGUUUUUUUUGAUCAUUUUUGUUCUUUAUCCAUUUGAACAUGUUUUGAAGUUCUUCAGAACUAGUCAGUUUGAAUUUUGACAGCUGUUCAAUAUGUGAUCUCCAAGUUAAAAAAAAAAUUUCCAGGCUUCCCUAAUUCUA